AAUUUAAGUCGACUGUCAAGCGCACAGCUGACAAACUGACCUGAUGCACGAUACAAGUCUCAAUUUUAGUGCAUGCAGUCGUAUUUACUGUUACUGAUACUUUCAGUCUGAAAUGUAUCUCUUAGUUUAUGUGGCCGAAGCUUUUUUUUUACUCUUCAUUUAGUCGAUUACUCCGCUUUUAGACGAGCUUGUGUUGUUGCUGGAAAGCUAUCUACAACUAGUUCAAAAUGAGUAUUCCAGCUCUAAAUAACACCGGCGUGGUCUACAGACGGAUCUUAUCACAGUUUCCACAGGACAUUAGUUUAGCUUUUGCUUAUGGAUCUGGCGUUUUCAAACAACAAGGCACCAACCAAGGUCAAAUGGGGAAAAACAUGCUUGAUUUUGUAUUUGCUGUGGACGACCCAGUGACAUGGCACACCAUGAAUCUGCUGCAGAAUCGCAAACACUACUCCAUCCUCAAGCUGCUCGGGCCAACAACCAUCAGCUCCGUGCAAAAUGACCAUGGGGCGUCUGUAUACUACAACACACUGGUGCCUGUGGACGGAAGGAUCAUCAAAUAUGGUGUGAUAGGUACAGAGUGCCUCAUAGAUGACCUGAUGCACUGGAAGACCAUGUAUGUUGCUGGACGACUUCACAAACCAGUGAAAAUGCUGCUGCAGAAUGAGAAUGGAAAGCUCCGUGCUGCUCUGGUGGCCAACCUGAAGAGUGCUGUGACAGCCUCCUUCCUCAUGCUGCCAGAGAGCUUCACUGAGGAGGACCUCUUCAUGCAGAUAGCUGGGCUCUCUUAUGCUGGGGAUUUUAGAAUGGUGAUCGGAGAAGAUAAAUCCAAGGUGGCCAAUAUCGUCAAAGACAACAUUCAGCACUUCCGGAUUCUGUACAGCAACAUCCUACGGGACUGCCCUCAAGUGGUGUACAGAUCUCAACAAGGGCAACUGGAGGUUGACAAAAGCCCAGAGGGUCAGUUUAUCCAGCUAAUGGCAUUGCCUCGGACCCUUCAGCAAAGGAUUACAAAGCUGGUCGAUCCUCCGGGGAAAAACCGAGAUGUGGAGGAGAUCCUGCUGCAGGUGGCUCAGGACCCGGACUGCGGAGCUGUCGUUCAACAAGGUAUCUCAUCUAUAGUGAAAACCUCCAGUAUAACACAGAGUAUCAAAGGGAUUGCUACAGCUGGCUUAUGGAAGACGGUGUCGUACAGCUCCAAGAAGCUGAUGAAGAUGUGGAAGGGCUGGAGAAGGAAGCCUUCAGUCUCACAGAUGUCCUGAUACUGUCUGUUCGCCAGUUGUUUCUCUAUAAACUGUCCGCACAACAACGAACUUCCAUCCUUCCAUUUUUACCCUGACACACUGCUGAAAGAAUCACACACUUACCUCCUGUUAUAUCACCUUAUAGCCUCCAUGAAGGGGAUCACUGAGCGAGUCUGUGUUUGAAAAGUGUAGACUAACUGCCCUUUAUCAUGCAAUACAUAGAAGUUGUAUGAACAAAGGGUGACAUUUCAAGAGCCUGUCUGAAUUAGGGCUGACAUUUAAUGUUUCUACAGAUUGAACCUUUCCGCAUAAUGACUCUUUUGAAAUAUGGUAUAGUGUAAGAUCCAUUUUCUGUGUGGACAGCCAUAUGAUGGGCAGCUUGGAGAUUAAAAAGAUAUCUAUGUGGGUCACUUUCAUCUUUUGCAGAGAGAGGGCUUUAUUGAACUGUCUACAGAUGUGGGCACUCACUUUUUAUCCUAAACUAACUCCAAAGAUCUCCAAUCUUUCAUUACUUCACUGCCACCUUGCUAUAAGCUGGGCAUUAAGACAACAGGAGGUCUUUAAUGCGGAAAUUCUGAUUACUUUCCCUCCUGAUAACUUGCUGUGGUCUUUGAAAUAUGAAUUUAAUAAAACAUUUAUUAGAUAUCAAUUAGCAUGACUCUGUUCUUAGUAGGUUUUAGUGUUUUAUUUUAAUGUAUUAAAGCACAUUGCAAGGACUA